CAGCUACCACAGGAACAGCCGUGAGUGUGAGGCUGAUAAAUCGUACCUCUUGUAUCAUACCUUUCUUUUUUUAUGCUGCUUUUAUAGUUGUUUAAGAUCAGAGCAAGCACCUGUCAGUUGCUUUUUCUUCCUUCUCACUCUCCUCUGGUCCCUUGUGCAAGAUGGAGCUAGAAAAUGAAAUGAUCAGCUCCUCCAGCAAUUCUUCAGCAGGCUCCAGGGAGUACAAGGUGGUGAUGCUGGGAGCUGGGGGAGUUGGCAAAAGCGCAAUGACUAUGCAGUUCAUAAGCCAUCGGUUUCCUGAUUAUCAUGAUCCAACCAUAGAGGAUGCUUAUAAAACUCAAGUACGAAUAGAUGAUGAACCGGCUUACUUGGACAUUCUAGACACUGCUGGACAGGCAGAAUUCACAGCCAUGAGGGACCAAUAUAUGCGAGGUGGAGAGGGUUUCAUUAUCUGCUAUUCCAUCACAGACCGCCAAUCCUUUCAGGAAGCUGCAGAGUUUAAGGAGCUCAUUUAUCGUGUCCGGCACACUUAUGACAUCCCAUUGGUGCUGGUGGGAAACAAAAUAGAUCUUGAGGAGUUCAGGCAGGUCUCAACUGAAGAAGGCAUGAGCUUGGCAAGAGAGUAUUCGUGCUCCUUCUUUGAGACCUCAGCUGCCCUGCGCUUCUACAUUGAUGAUGUCUUUCAUGGAUUGGUGCGGGAAAUCCGCAGAAAAGAGUCCUCGCUGCCCCUGACAGAGAAGAAAAUGAAGAGGAAGGACAGUCUGUGGCAGAUGCUGAAAGGAUCUUUGAAGAAGAAAAGAGAAAGCACAACUUGAUGGCACUUUCCAGUGGGCCACCUUUAGGGAGCUGAUCACAGUCAUCUGUAGCAAUUCCUAAGGCAGCAUUUACACAGCAUCUUCAGGGCCCAGUUCUGGAGUCCUUUCUCUGCUUUCAUUCAGUCCUUAUGCAGGAAUAACUUCUAUGAGGCCCAAUCUGUGGUUGCCUGGUGGCCCCUUUAUCCCAACAUAGCCAAUGCAGAAGGAGCCACAUAGAAGUCAGUUACCCUUCCCUUCACUCUUGGCACAGUAGGCCCUCUUGUGUAAGGUACAGAGGCAGUGGCGUGAACAGUGUACUUUUCCCUGCAUGAUCCCCCUGCAAGGGGUAUUCAAGGUCAUCAAGGGUAGGAAAGAGUAUUUUAGGUAUGGAGCAAUUCUCCAAAAAGGGCCAUUAAUGUACCCACUAUACACACUCCCAAAUCAUAUAUCAUUUGAAAGCUUAUUUUAUGUAUGUUUGGAUGAAUUAUCAUGUGGUGCUUUCACAUGGUGCUGUAAGCUGGUAGGCGUGGUGAAAUAAUGGUACCUCAAAUGAAAAAAGUGUCCUGUUGUGCAUAGUUCCUGAAACAUUGCAACCUGACUAUAACUACAGUUUUUACUGUUUAUGUUAAUUUCAACACCUUAAUGUGGGGUUCAUUGCUCAAAGCUACCAAACAACAAUCUAUUAAAAUGUUUUUAUUGGUUUUCCAUGGACCAGUAUUUUUUUUUUAGAAUGAUUAAGUUGUUCAGCAUGUGGCAAAAAUGCCGAAUAUCAGCAUUUUGCAAUAAACUAACAUGAAAUGUUUUCACAUCACAGAUUCUUAAUUGUCAAAGUCUCUCAUAAGUGAUUAUAAUUGUUGUCAAUAUUUUCAGUUGAAAUUUGCGACCUGAUCAAUCUCCCACAGAAGGUUAUGCACCAGUAGCAGUAGAUUGCAUGCCCAUAAUUUGUCCCACCUAGAGGGUAGAUAGAAAUGUAUGUGAAUUCUUAAUAUAAUGCUUCUCCCUUUGUAAGCUUUUGUACAUACCAAGUAGCAUCUAGUCUGCUCGGUAGAAGGUUUUAAUUUGUAUUUGUCUAUGUGUGCAGUACUAGCCUUUGAAAUAUUCUAGAAACUAGCUUUUUAAUUCAGUGACACUUAUGCACAGGCUGGUAUUAGUAUUAGAGACAACAAUACACUGCUUCAUACUGGGUUUCAAUCAAAGUUCUCAAUCAGCAAAAAUGGCAAUUUUGAUAUUAACAUAUAGAUCUAGUUUAUAUAUAACGUAGCACAAAUCUGUAUGUUUGUACAAAAUGAAAAAUUAUGUUAGUGGGGGUGGUAAUGCUAAGAAUAUACUUUGGGAAUUUUACCUCUACAGGGAAGUUACAGUAUGUGAAGACUUGGAGGAUACAAGCCCCUUAAAAAAAAGACUCCACAAACUUUUUCAAAUGUGUUAUUUGCCAAGAAAAAUCAAAAGAAUGCAAAACUGUCAAAAGCCGCCAGUGCUGGACAGAAUUCGGUGAUGCUGGCAGCAGAAGGCAGGAGAGAGGAAUGGUUUUGGCAGCUACUGGAUUCAUUCCUUCUUUUAGAUGAUGUGCCACCAAUACUCUAUCACAGGGGUUGCUUUCAGAAAUACACCAGCAAGUUAAAUUUGGCACAUGUCAGAGUUGUACUGAACCCAGGAAAGAAAACAGACUCUGAAUCUGAUCAGAGAGCAUUAUGUUCCCCUGCUUCCAUAGCCACCAGAACUUGUACAGCCUCCACUGCUUUGCCCAGUUGUGUUGUUUGCUUGAGAAAAACACACAAGAAAGAUAAGAAACUUCAUAAAAUGGAAACAUUUGAGAGGGCAGCUAAUCUAGCAAAGGCAGCACUUCAGAGAAGAUGAUGACAUGUUGUGCAGAAUAUCUGUGGAAGACUUGAUUGCUAAGCAUGGAGUUUAUCACUCAACAUGCCACUCUUCCUACUUCAGUAAAACAAACCUUAAAGCAAAACCACCUAGUUACACUGCAACAAUACAGUCACCUUAUGACAUAACAUUGUAUCAGCUGUUUGAAGCUGAGACUAGAGAUAAUGAUCUUAUGUAUAACAAGAAGGCUGUUUAAGCUGCUACAAAGUUAUAAAGCCCUAUUUCCCUCAGAUGUAGAAAGUGCAAGCUACUCCAGAAGCAAAUUACAGCCAAGAUUAGAAAAACACCACGGUUCUGCAAUUUCAUUCCAUGAACAGCAUGGACUAGGCAAAUCUACCAUUGUUCUAUGCAGCACAAUAACAUUAGCUGAUGCUAUCCAGGAUGCUAGUAAUCUGAAGCAGGAACUUAAGUCAUCCAAAUGUCUUGUGGAUGUUCUUCUGGCAAGUAACCCUGGUGAACAGCUUUCCAAUGCACAAGUGGUUUUGUAUAAUGCCACUUCAAUCCUUCUGUCUGAAAUUAACUAAAAUAAAACCUCUGAAUGUUAUCCAAAACCAGGUGAUUGCAGUUAACAGAGGUCUGCUUCUUUUGUGCCCCAGUUGGUGCAGGAAUUUGUCCUUUGGUUAACAGAUAAAGAGACAGCAAUGAAUAUCAUCCUCAGAAGACAUUCAAAGAAGGUAACUGUCAAUUUUGGAGAGCAUAGUAUUUAACGGUUCCAAAAUUAUCAUACUUUUGCACAUCAGCCUUGCUGCACAGUUACACCGUGAGUUUGGAUUUUACAAUUUAAGUGACAUACUACACCUUCAUGGAUUCUGCCUCAGUUAUGUUGAACUGAGGCAGUUCAUCACUAGCACUACAAAAACUGAAGUCGGAAGACUUCACGGAGGCAUGUUCAUUCCAAUUGGAAUUGUUCCAUUUCAUGCGGGUGGAAAUCUCAUCCAUGAAGGAGAACAUAAUAUAUACCUCAACACAGAGAUCAUUGAUGGAAAGGCUAGAGUGGGUUUUCAAGAACACUCUGCAGAUAGUCCAGGAUCACAAGAAAUAUCACGGACGUUUGGGAAAGAAAAGUCACUUUCCCUGGGCAAUCAGAGCAUGCAGUGUGCAGCAUUUGAAAAAUUUAGAACUCGUCCAGAACUGACUCGCCAUGAAAAAGUACUUGAGAAAAUAAACUCUUGUCAACUACAUAUCAAUGCUUUCCAAGAUUUCUCCUGGUAUCUUUUGAGACUAUUAGCUUGUGAUAUCCUGCCAAUGGGAAAGGACACUGAUACUGUUCACACUCAGAUGAUUCCAUUUUGGACUGGUUCCAACCACAAUCUUGCAAUAAAGAACACAUACACAGCAGUGGCAUCUGCACCUAUUGUGGAUGCCAAACCAACUGACAUGGCCAGUCUAUCCUACAAUGCUGAAACAUAAGGAAAUGUCGGGAGCUUUAGGAUAGCAGCAUGUUGUUCAGAGCAUGGAUCAGCAGCUGUAUGCUGUUGCUCAGAAAAUGUAAUAGACUCUCACAAAUGAAUUUGGGGCCAAUGUAAUUUGCCUGGGUGGUUUUGGGAAAUUUUGUGGAGACACAGGAUUGCUAGACCUCUUGUUGAUUCUGAUGUAUAUGCAACUUGUACUGCAGAGAAAAUGCUUGCUGGUGAGCAAUUGAGCCAUGCGCUACAUGUCUUGACUCUAGCAUUUGAGGCCAUGAGUGCUCUGAAACUUUAUUCAUUUGUUAAGCAGUGUCAGCAGGGAGCAGGCACUCAAAUAGUUCCAGCAAUUGUCUGGCAAAUGUUGACAGACUCAAGAGGUGUUUGAGUCUGAAGACAUUAAGUCCUUAUAACAGGUUAUUAAAGAGUUUGAUGAUGCUGUAACUCAGCAUUUGCAAACACUACUGGAGGAAUUUCAGACAUGGGGGUAUGCCCAGUCUCCUCCAUUCAAGUUCUGUGUUCAUUUUCUCCAGGUUAUGUAGAUCCUACUUCUAAAUGUCCAUGCAGAGCAAGAGGGUGAAUGGAAACAUCACCUACAUAGAUAGUAUGGCAUGCUUCCAUACAUCUUUAGUGCAAACAGGCCCACCAAUCUACAUUCCUUAUGGUUUAAAUCUCCAUGAAGAAGUACACAAUGUCUUUGGACCUGGGGAAUUUGCUGUGUGUCAGAGUCCUGGUUCUUUCAAUGGAAUUUGGAGUGAUAUGGAAACAGAGAAAACUGUCAUCAAAGACUCAGAUGGCAACAGGGGGAUUUUAGGCCUGAUAAGAAGGAAGCCAGCCCUUUUCAGAUGGACCCUAACAAGAGAUGUCCUAAGUGAAUAUGCAAAAGCUAUGAGAUUAAGAAGUGGCCUAACAAGAACUAAUGGAGACAAAGUCCACAAACAAGUCUUUACCUCAGCACUGAAGGGGGAUUAAAAGCAUGUUACAGCUCUUACCAGCCAUGUCAUCAACAAUACAGCAAACCCAUUUUACCCUGAAUUAUACCCAAAGAUGUUUAUUAACAUGUCUACUGGACUGCACAUAACAUCAGAUGUACAAGAGUCUAUUGAAAAUAGCUGAUGUUGAUGAAGAACAGAUGGAGAGAUCUGUGAGAGAUGCAUUUGAUUCUGGUGCAUUCUGUCAAGAAAACUGGCAUCAAAACAUUUUUUGACAAGACAAGACAAAUUUAAGUCUGGCAAGGGAGAGACAAUCACAGCGGCUACGAGGCAAGAAACUGUUUUCUGCGAAGACUUGUUCUUAGCAAGAUGCAGUGAUGAUGUUGCAAUGCUAAUCAUUCUAUGUCACCCAGUAGGACCCAUCCCUAUGUCCCUCUUCCAUGUUUAUGGAAUAAUGAGAACGGAUGAAGCUGAAUUAGGAUGCUCAAGCUGAAAGAAUCCAUGAACUAAGGUCAUGCAACAAAGAAACCACAGCGUACAAUCAGAGAUGCAACACAGCUGUCCUAGAAAUGAUGUCUGAAGACAAGUUCACACAUUUGAGGAAAUAGUUGCUAAGUACUUGAGGCAAGUCCUAAAAGUAUUUAACAAAGCUAAUUUUGUAAUAAAAAUCUUUGAUAGAUAUGGCAACAGUAACUCUGUGAAAACUACAGAAAGAUAAUGCUGGACAAGAUCUAAGGUUAGAUAGAAGAAAUACCAAUUUUCUAAACAUUGCAUUCAACAAGCAGUCACUUGUAAAAUUGCUCUGUGAAUAUAUGGUUCAGAAUGCACCUGAGAAUGUAGGAGUACAGCCAACACAAACAGUCCCUCUUGCAGAGGCUUUUCCAGUGGUGAAGUACAAAAGUCCAUCACCAAUGAAGGUGGUGAAGAAACCCAAGAUUUCUACAGUACUUGGCACUAGGCUACUGCUGAAUGCUGCAUGUGCCAAUAUGGCUUUUGGGUCUCUUGGUGUCAAAGGAACCAUAGUAAUUAGGUCACCUGAUACAGAUGUUUUGGUCCUUGCUGUUCAAUACUUUCCAAAAAUGGAGCACAUAGGUAACAUGGGGGUUGAAACGGGCACAAUUACCAACACAACUGGCAAGUGUUGCUUCAUACUUGUAUGUGCAAUUUCUGAGACGCUCACUCCUGACUUCUGCACCAGACUUCCUGCUAUUCACACAUUAACAGGAUGUGACUCUGUAUCAUCCCUAUUUGGUAUUUGGGAAAAAAAUCUGUAUUUAAUGUUUUCAUAAUACAGAGAGCUAACUGCUUCAGAGAUCUUGCCAAAUUAGGAGAGAGGGAAUAACAAGCUGCAAUUUUUACAAGGAUGUUGGUAGCAGUGCUGUAUGAGCAGAGCAAGAAAGAAAAGGAGUCCCACAGAAACCUGAAAUGCUUGCACCUCAAUCUAGCCAUCCAAAUAGACAAGUCACUAGCGAAACGCCCACCAUAUGAGGACCAUUUUGAAGAGCAUUUCAAAAAAGCAUCUUGGCAAUCAAAGAUUUAGCUGUCUUCAUGCAUAGGUAAACCAGAUAUUGGAUCAUCACUUCAACAUAGAUGGAAAAAUGUGGAUGAUGAACUACUUCCUGUAUUUGUCAAGGGCCCAGUGGCAUCUCAGCUUCUACAGGACCUUAUUUGUGCCUAUAGCAAUAAGGGUUGCUACACAAUCCACUGUCUGUAGUCAGAAAAAUCUUCCCUCCACUGAACUCUGUACAUGCCGAAACAAUGAAGACUGUGGUAACCCACAGACUCUUAACAAAGAUCAUAAUGAUGAACAAGAUGAUGAUAAUGAUGCUGACUAGAAACGUCAUCAGCACUAUUACAUUGCAAUAAUACCUGUACACGUUUAUUAUUAGAUUUUAUUUAACACUUUAGAUUGUUAUGAUGCUUUCAGGUCACAAAAAACAUCCAAUCUUAUCGCUUGAAAUGACAUAGACUCAGUAAACUAACAGAAGCAAAGACAAAUAUUUCAAAGUAGUUAUUUUAAUGUGUUGAUGGUGUCGCUUGUUUAUCCCUGUUUUUAUGUUAAUAGCACCAUUUGGUAGCUCCACAUCAUACAUCAUCUUAAAGUAGACGCAUUAUGUUUUCAAAUUAUUUAUGAUGUGUAUGUAUGUAGAGAGAGUACAUUAAGUUGACCAAAUCAGUGUUUGCUGUCAGUCAAUUAUAUGGCCAAGGUAUUCUUGUGCCCUGGUUAGUUUCCAGAUGGGAUGGGUAGACCCUGCACCCAAUGCCUAAUCAGUCCUCAUGUGCUCCAGAAAAAUGGAUGUACAUGUUGCCUUCUUUGUGUCCUUACAUGGGGCUCUGCACCAGCACAGGGAUGAAAGGGUGACAUUGGCUUCAAUGGGAGUUUUGC